AUUUGAAUCGAUUUGUAACGAAUAUAUAAUUUAAAAAGAAAAUCUCAUUUAUCUAAGUAGAGCGAGACAAAACCAUCAUCGCGAUUUGAUUAAACAAUAAUAAUCUCAUUGUUUCCGAACCCACGCAAAGUUAUAAUCCGUAUUUUGUUCAGAACGCAACGCAUUUUCAUCGGUAAACUCUUCUUUUUAAAAUUCAAUGUGAAAUCGGGCCCGUCCUUUAAAUGGAAAGUGAAAACUUUGUGGUCAGUUUUAUUUCGUUCCAAUCUAGACAGAUGAAACAACAACUAUGGUUAUACUCAGUGAAAAUUGGGGCUAUUUUCUUUAUGGUUUUAGACAAAAUCGUAGCCCCAAUUUUUUGGGUGUUAUCAUGGAAAAGAAGCAAGAAAAUCCCUCCGGUUGAACAUAAAAUUUUUGAGAUUAGCGCCAAAAAUUUAGCAAAAAUGAUUCGUAAGAAAGAGAUUAAUAGUGAAGAAGUUGUCCGCCGAUACAUAAAUAGAAUUAAUAAAGUUAAUCCGAUAUUAAAUGCGGUCGUUCAAGAUCGAUUCGUUGAAGCAAUUCAUGAAGCUUGUACCGUUGAUGAAUGGCUAAGACAAACAUCUUUAUCUAUUGAUGAAAUCGAAAGAGGAUAUCCAUUAUUAGGGGUCCCCAUUACCAUCAAAGAAUCAUGCAAAGUAAAAGGAAUGAGUUUUUGCGUUGGAACAAACGUAAGAAAAGGAAUGAUAGCCGAUGAAGAUGGGGAAGUUGUGAAAAGGAUUAAAUCUUCCGGAGCGAUUCCUCUACUUGUAUCGAAUACCCCCGAAAUUUGUUUUGGAAUAGAAUCCGAUAAUUUCGUUACGGGAAGGUGUAAUAAUCCGUAUAAUACUAAUUACACUUGUGGAGGAUCUUCAGGCGGUGAAGGUGCUUUAUUAGGUUCUGCUUGUUCAGUUAUCGGAAUAGGAUCAGAUUUAGCCGGCUCAAUAAGAGUGCCAUCGUUAUUUAACGGUAUCUUUGGACAUAAACCGACAGCAAAUUUAGUUCCUAACCGAGAUCAUUAUCCGAUUAUUCACGACGAAGAUUUUUAUGAAUAUUUAGUUUUGGGACCGAUGUGCAGAUAUUCGGAAGAUUUAAGGUUGGUUUUAAACGUGAUGACGAAUCAUCCCAUUAAUUUAAACGAAAAGGUUGAUAUGAAAAAAGUUACGGUUUAUCAUACAGAAGACACCGGAAAUUUAUUUUUUGUAAAUAACGUUAAUCAAGAUGUUCGAGAUGCCAUAAAAAAAUGCGCGGAUCAUUUGAAACAUCAUUGUAAAGCGAAACUUAACAAUUCCAAGAUAAUCGAUUUAGAGAAAUGUUUCGAUAUGGGUUUAUCGUUGUUUUUCGGGGUGAAAAAUAAACCCGAUUUGCUUUUAGACCAAGUGAAUCCACCGAAAAGGUAUAACAUCGUUUCUGAGUUUAUUAAGCUACAAUUUAAGAGAUCAACUUUAAAUUAUAACAGUUUGGCUUACGACUUUUUAACAAAUACGCAUUCUUUCUUGACGGUUAAAGACAACGAUUAUUACCGUGAUAUGUUGGAUCAUCUAAAAACGAAUUUAAUGAAUACUUUGGGUCAAUAUGGAGUAAUUUUAUUCCCGACAAUGCCUGGGCCAACUUUCCAACAUGGUUAUUCACCGUUAAAGUGUGCCGGAGUUGUUUAUUCAAUGAUUUUUAAUAUUCUUGGGUUUCCAGCAACUCACGUUCCUUUAGGUUUAAAUAAACAAGGUUUACCGAUUGGAGUACAAGUUAUUGCAUCCCCACAUCGAGAUGCAGUGUGUUUAUCGGUUGCUGAAGAAUUAGAAGUGCGAUUUGGAGGCUGGGUCGCACCAUUUUGACCUUUAAUCAAAUUUGCUUUAGGAAGUAGUCGAUGUGUAUAUUAAAUAUAAAUUUGUUGUGUAUUUCAUUUUUGAAAAGUUGCAUUUAAGUUUCAAGGUGAUAAUUUAUUUAGAUAUCUCUUUAUGUUUGUAAAUAUAGAAAUAAAAUAAAAUUUAAGCUAUAA